AUGGUAAAUUAAAUGAACAUUAUUUUUUUGUACAAAUAUUUGAAUCUGUUAGCUGCAGUGUCCUGUUUAAAUUCUAAUCCAGACAUUUUUUUUGAAUUUAAUAGAAUUUUUAGUUGA